UCUUUUUAUGUAUAACUGUGUCAGCCAUAAAGGACUUACUUGCACAUCUGUCUUUGUCAGGUUUGAAGGUUUAUUUACAGAGACAAUAAUCAUCAUCAGCGAAAAGUAACGGAGAAAGACAAAUACUUAUUAAAAUAAGAUGUCUGCUUUCCUCUCAGAAUACAUCAAAUUUAUAGCACUUUACUUCAACAGUAAGGAUGUCAUAGUCUUCAAUGGCCUCAUUGGUUUAGGAACAGUGGUUGGUCAGACAGCAUACAACAUCUUAGCUUUUAACUGUCCAUGUUCACCAAAGAAGAAUUACCUGUACGGCCUGGCUGCCAUUGGUGUACCAGCUCUGGCUUUCUUUGUCAUUGGGUUGAUGCUGAAUCAAAAUACCUGGGACGUUGUGUCAGAGUGUCGGACCAGAAGAUGCAGGAAAUUAUCAGUGACUGCUGCUUUUGCUCUGUUGGGCUCCAUUAUCGGUAGAGCAGUUGUUGCUCCUGUCACCUGGACUGUAAUUUCCCUCCUGAGAGGAGAGGCGUAUGUCUGUGCUUUCAGUGAGUUCAUGAACCCCUCAUCUCUGGACGACUUCUUUUUAACUACACCUGGUCCAGAGAUCAUGGCCCAGUUUCCAUGUAAAGAUGUACCUGCUCUAUUUGUGAACUACUCAGGAGAGGUUGAACGCAAGUUACAGUAUGAAUCCCAGCUUUUGGGCUGGUUGCUGGUGGGUAUCAUCUCCCUCUCUGUCUUUCUGCUCCUCUGUAUGAAACACUGCUGCUCUCCCCUUGGGUACCAUCAGGAGGCAUACUGGUCCCAGUACUGCUCCAGCGAACAAGCUCUUUUCCAGCGUACAGCUGAGGGACAUGCUAAAUACCAUGCGGCUGAAAAUGUCAAGAGUUUCUUUGGCUUUGUUGCCUUAGAAAAUCAUGAGAAGCAGCUUCUAGCAGACUACAAGGGAAUCAAGAGCAUCAUUCCCAGACUGCAGUGGAACCACAUAGCUGGGGUUUACAUGUACAGAGAGAGAGAUAACACUCCCAUCUACAGCCGCUUAAACAAAUGGGCCAUGUACACAACUGAACAUGACUGUUAAGGAAUUGAAAAAAAAUGGACAUUUUAUCCUUUAAGUCUGACAAAUUAGAGUCUAAUUAAUGAAUAAUACUACACACCCAAAAACGAAUAUCUUUGGAAUCAAGAAACACCCAAGAAAUGUGUGCCACUCAGGUCAUAAAGGGGAAAAGAUUCUGUUUAAUAUUCAUAUAAUAAAUGUAAUGUAUUUUUAAUAUCAAUGUUAGAAGCACAAAGAUAAAUGAUUAUAAUAAUAAUG